AUGGGCUCCUCAGACACAUUGAAAGCAGAUACGAACCCCGGACAGACAGUUGUCGAGUUAUGUGAAGGCUCUGGUGAACCGCCUCUCAUCAUUAUUCAUGGCGGACUUGGUUCUAUCCACGCUUUCGGCCCAUUGAAGGAAAAAUUCAGAUCUGCCUUGUGGGCAAUCCAAGUCACACCUGACACACCGCUGAGCUCCUUGACAAACCAAGCUACUUACUAUUUCAAUAGCAUCAAGGAAAAGCAGCCGACAGGCCCUUACCGCAUCUGUGCCUUCUCAGCGUCAAGCAUAAUAGCGUUCGCUCUCGCCGGGCUGUUUGAACGAAACCAAGACGUCGUCUCUCAGCUUGCAUUACUGGACCACUUCCCCACAACUUUUCUUGCACCGACGCUUGGUGUGGACGUAUCCCAAAGAUCGUUGCACGAUCCAUGUGCCAGAAAGGAAUUUAUUGAUGCCAGCGUAUUCAACCUGCUGGCCAUGACACGUCGCGAUGGAGGAGGGAACGUACCUAAGCGCAUAAAGCUUGCCAACGAUUUACUCGACGCGUAUCAGGGACGAGCCGUCACACCAUUCAUGGAGACCAAUCACGCUACUUUGAUACGCUUCCUGAACCAGAUCUUUGACACCUUACUGUUCUUGGCCGGGGACGCCGGCCACUCCCACUCCGCACUGACGGCUCUGGAGACUUGGCUGCAAAAGGUCAAGGCCCCAUUGACCGUCUACCUGGGAACUUAUGGGAUGGUUGGUUCUGUUCUCCCGGAACAUCGCCAGAUGUGGUACGACUUGCGCAUUCGUAAAUCCUUUCCACACGCCGAGAUCAAAUAUGUGACGGCGGGCCACUACGAUAUCCUUGCGAACGAUACCGUUAUCGAGGGCCUACAGCGCGAGUAUUUGAGGCGGGCGAAGAUGUAA